AUGGACAAUCGAUCGGUCUCGGGCUUUGCUCGACUUCAUCACUGUGCAUUCACCGAAGCGGUCGAUCCUCAAGUUCGACAGGCUCACAGCCGGCCGGCCGUUAGCAGACAGAUCCCUGCCCGCGGAGCUCACCGUGCGGCGACGGCCUGUCAUGAGGAGAUCCGAGAACUGAAGGAAAAGCUGGCUUCGGCGAUGGAGGAGAUCCAGUUCUUCCGACAACAGUUGGACAAAUUUAGGGAGCCUUAG